AUGUCAAACAACAACACGACUUACGAUGGAACCAUACCGAGUCAUGCAGAGGCCUUCGUGAGCAUGGACCCGGCUCGCACUGCAGUUCAACAAGCCGCCUCCAAUAGUGUCCAACGCCCCGCGCCAGCUGCUGCGAAGCCGUCGACGUCGAGUCCUAGUACGCAGACACAGCAGGCGACCAAUCAGCAAUUCAACAACGAUGGGAGCGUUCGCAGAUAG